AUGGCAUCCAUCUUCAGCAUUUCCAAGGCCAUAAUUUGUUUUCCCUAUGUCAUUCCAGUUCAACCAGACCCACCCCCACCAUACCAACCCCCUGAAUCUAGAAUCACAUUUAUACCACUACGUCCAACUCAGGAUUUACCAUCACCAAGCGCUCAAAUUCAACCAGACCCACCCCCACCAUACCAAACCCCAUCACCAAGCGCUCAAAAGCUUGUGCUGAAAACUGUUAUCAUUCCAAGCUGUCCUGCAUCACCACCACCAAACAGUCUUGAUAUAAAUUGUGUAGCAACAUCUCCAACACUAAGUCAGCCUUCAACUUAUCCUGUGCAACCACCGACAUACAGACUCUAUGCACCUAGGACAAAUCGUGUAUCAGCACCUCCAUCAGUAAGAUGGCCAUCAUCGACUUAUUCAACAAUAAAGAACAGGGAGCAGAAGGAGUCAUAUUGGUACAAACCAGUAAAAACAGAAAUAACAACGGCAUGUGGCUCGUCUGCAAGUUCUAUCCUCUCAUCCCAGUGGUGUGAUGUGGUGACCCAGUGUCCUAAGGGAGAGGAUGAAAUCUCCUGUGUGAGAUUAUAUGGAGCAGACUUCCAACUGCAGGUCUAUUCUACAUUAAAGUCAACAUGGCUGCCCGUGUGCGCUGAUGAUUGGAAUGAUGACUAUGGAAGGUCUGCCUGCCAAGAUUUUGGAUACAACAGGAAUUCCUAUCUCAGAUACAAUGUCUUCAGAUCUCCAUACACCCGUAAUGGAUAUUUCAAGGUGAAGAUAGGUUCUCUAAUCACAAAAUUCUACACAAGAGUUGAAUACAGUCCUUCCUGUUUAUCAGGAUACGUGGUUUCAUUACGUUGUAUAGGCUGUGGUGUAUCAAAUAACAAUAUAAGCUGUCAAAUAUCAGGAGGAGCCAAUGCUUCAUUGGGAAACUGGCCCUGGCAAGUGAAUCUAAGGCACAGAAAAGGAGAAUUUUGUGAUGGGUCCAUCAUUACUCCACAGUGGAUAGUAACCGCAGCUCAUUGUGUAGAUGGGUCUCAUUCAGAUGCUUCAGACUGGAAGGUAUUUGCUGGGACACUGACCCUGCCACGUUACAGUGACCCUGGUGGCUAUUUGGUGGAAGCAAUAUUUACACACCCUGGUUAUAAGUCCUAUGAUAAUGAUAUAGCGCUAAUGAAACUUCAAGAUGAAAUAACAUUUGAUAAUUACACUCAAACGGUGUGCUUACCCAAUUCUGGAAUGUUCUUGGAAGCUGGCACGGAAUGUUGGAUAUCUGGUUGGGGUAAAACCUCUGAGACAGGAAACUUUUCUUCAGAUCUGAGUCUUGCACAAGUAACUGUGAUUGACUCCAAUGUAUGUAAUCAGUCUGAUAUAUAUAAUGGGAGGUUAACAUCUUCAAUGCUAUGUGCUGGUGAUCUUUCAGGAGUAAGAGAUACUUGCCAGGAGGACAACGGAGGAGCUUUAGUAACCUACACAAACUCCACUUGGUGGCUUGUUGGUGUCAACAGCUGGGGAGAUGGUUGUUCCAGAGCCAAUAAACCUGGUGUAUAUGGGAAUAUGACAGUGUUUUUGGAUUGGAUUUAUUCACAGAUGAGGACAUACAGUUAAUGAGCUCUCCUCAUUAUUAAAUUCUGAGGAAUUAAAUCCAGAACCUGUGAUAAUAAGGGACCACUACCAAUGAUUUACUACAAUGAAUAAAGACCACUCCACUGGAAAGAGAGCAGCCCAGAAGCAACGUGUAUAAAGAAGCAGAAAUGGAUCCUACUAGUGCUAAUACCAAUAGUCACAGAUAGCAAUGAGCGGAUCUGUCCUGUUUGGAUUCGCCAAAAAAAUUGCGAAACGGCGACAAGUUUGUGAUAUGCAUUGAAGUCAAUAAGCAACAAUUUUUUUUGGAUGUGCGAUAAUUUUUUACACGCACAACUUUUUU